AUGAAAGAUGUUCAUUUUCUCAUAAGCACUCUUGCCAUAUUGGCAUUUGCAACCUUCCUUGCCUCAGCCUCUGAUCCCAGUCCUCUUCAGGACUUCUGUGUAGCAAUCAAUGACACCAAAUCUCCUGCGGUGUUUGUGAAUGGGAAAUUCUGCAAGGAUCCUAAGCUUGCCAAUGCGAAUGAUUUCUUCCUCUCCGGGUUUCAAAUUCCAAGAAGCACACAAAAUCCGGUUGGUUCGACGGUGACACCUGCGAACGUGGACCAAAUAGCCGGAUUGAACACUCUCGGCAUAUCCCUGGCUCGCAUAGACUUUGGACCAAAUGGCCUAAACCCUCCUCAUACUCACCCUCGUGGCACUGAAAUCCUUGUAGUCGUGGAAGGUACACUCUAUGUUGGUUUCGUUACAUCCAACGGUGAUGGCAAUCGCCUAUUCACUAAAGUAUUGAACAAGGGAGAUGUGUUUGUGUUCCCAAUUGGUCUAAUUCACUUCCAACUCAAUGUGGGACACGUCAACGCUGUAGCCCUUGCCGCCCUUAGCAGCCAGAACCCAGGCGUCAUCACCAUUGCAAAUGCAGUUUUUGGCUCCAAGCCUCCCAUCAAUCCUGAUGUUCUAGCCAAGGCCUUCCAAGUGGACAACAAGGUUGUUGAUUAUCUUCAGAAACAGUUCUGGUACAACAACAGUUAA